GGGAGCGUUGGAGGCUCCGCGGCCCCGCUCACAUCUGGCUGGGGUUUACUCUUUACGAGUCUGUCCCGCUUUCUUCGUCUCUUCCUUGACUUUCGAGAAACCGCGCUUCCGCUUCUGGCCGGAGAGACCUCAGAACGGAGGAGGUCAAGGUGCCGGGAAGGCAGGGACCCGCUGUUGCCUGCACCCGCCGCCCUUUCUGCACCUUCUUCCCAGAGGACUUUUUCCGUCCUCCUGGCUCUCUCCUCUGACAAGUCUGUUCUCCCCUCCCACCCCCGACCUGGCUGGGAGGAGGCCCCGCUGCUGGGAGAUGCUCUAAGCCCCGAGAGGCCACCGCAGGAUGCCGGCUGGAGGGACCGGCAGGAAGAUGGGCUCCUGGGGACUGAGACUCGUGCUGGCGUGCUGCCUGCUGCUGGCCUUCGCCUGUGGCCCGGCGCUGGGCCGUGUGCCACAGGGUCCACAGGAGGUGCAGGAGCAGGAGGGGACCAAGGAGCCGCCGCUGGACCACGCUGAGAGGGAUGAAGAAAACCAUGAAAAGUACAGCCCCAGGCAGGGUGAGGAGGCCCCUGCUUCCCGGUGCUUUCGCUGCUGUGACCCUGGCAGCCCCGUGUACCAGGCCAUCCCCAUGCCGCAGAUCAACAUCACCAUCUUGAAAGGUGAGAAGGGUGACCGGGGAGACCGCGGCUUGCAAGGGAAAUACGGCAAGACGGGCUCCGUGGGCGCCAGGGGCCACAUGGGCCCCAAAGGGCAGAAGGGGUCCAUGGGGGCCCCCGGGGACCGCUGCAAGAACCACUACGCCGCCUUCUCGGUGGGCCGCAAGAAGCCUCUGCACAGCAACGACUACUACCAGACCGUGAUCUUUGACACGGAGUUCGUGAAUCUCUACGGCCACUUCAACAUGUUCACGGGCAAGUUCUACUGCUACGUGCCAGGCAUCUACUUCUUCAGCCUCAACGUGCACACCUGGAACCAGAAGGAGACGUACCUGCACAUCAUGAAGAACGGGGAGGAGGUGGUGAUCCUGUACGCCCAGGUGAGCGACCGCAGCAUCAUGCAGAGCCAGAGUCUGAUGCUCGAGCUGCGGGACCAGGACGAGGUCUGGGUGCGCCUCUUCAAGGGCGAGCGGGAGAACGCCAUCUUCAGUGACGAGUUUGACACCUACAUCACCUUCAGCGGCUACCUGGUCAAGCACGCCUUGGAGCCCUAG